CCAUAUGAAAACGGUCAGAAAAAACCGGGUACAGCCGGUUAGAAACUGGAAGAAAGAACCAAAUAAAUUAUGUUCAUUUACACUGAAUUUCGGCUUCAUUUCAUUUCCUCCCCUCUCUCUGAAAACCCAACUCUCUCUCUCAUCCCGUCAAAAAAAUCAAACCUAACCCGAGUAAGAAUGUAACCCACGCAUCUGACUCAAGUUUGGUUUAUUUAUACCACAGAGAGAACCCUUCUUGUGAGUGGCCAGCUGGGUUUUCUGUGUACUACUACUACUUCACUCUCUCCUCUCCUCCUUUCCCAUCCCGUUCCUUCUCCCCAUCUUUCUCUUCUCUUUCGUCUCCUGCUUUCAACUUUGAACUCUGGUGUACAAAAGAUGAUCGUUGCCUGCAGAUUCCCCGUUUCGUUUAGCUGUAGUAGCAGUAAUCGGGUGUCGCAACUUUAACUUCGAUCUCUCUUUUUGCUUCUUGGGUUUUGGGUGUUUCUUUUCAUGGGCGAAGGGGAGGAUCAGGAGGUAACAGUGAUUAAGGUUGUGAUGCGGGAAUGGGAGGAAGAACAAAGAGUGAAGAUAGAAGGAGACCGUCAAUGGCUUCUUCCCACAACUGAAGUGAAACGUUCCUCUUCCCCAGCCUUCUCUAUUCUUGCCUUGUCAUAAAUCGUUAUCAAAACCAGAUCAAAACAAAACACUCGUUAACAGGAAUUCCAGCGGUCUUCCUUCUAACACUCUGUUACUAGAGGGAAAUUUUGAGAUCUAUUUCUGCGAUCUGGACAACAUAAUCCACAAUUCACGACGAAAAAGGAAAAAAAAUGAAGAGAUCACUGGAGAGCACCGACUCUCUUGGAGCUCUGGUUUCCGCUACAGCAGACGAGAAGCAGCAGCAGCAUGUGUACAGCGGCUGCGUGAUGUUGGAGGGGCUAGAUCAGGAGGAUGUGUAUGGCGGCGAGGAAUCCGGCGGCGGCGGCGGGUGUAUGGGAGAGAAGAAGCGGCGGCUGAGCGUAGAUCAGGUGAAGGCGUUGGAGAAGAACUUCGAGGUGGAGAACAAGCUGGAGCCGGAGAGGAAAGUCAAGCUGGCUCAGGAGCUCGGGCUGCAGCCGCGGCAGGUGGCGGUUUGGUUUCAGAACCGCCGCGCUCGGUGGAAAACCAAGCAAUUGGAGCGUGACUAUGGCGUGCUCAAGGCUAAUUACGAUGCUCUUAAGCUCAAUUACGAUUCCCUCCACCGCGACAAUGAAGCUCUCCUCAAACAGAUUAAAGAGCUGAAGGCGGAGCUGAACGAGGAGGCAAACGACGCCGCCGACGGCAGCAAUCUGUCGGUGAAAGAGGAAGAGGGCGUGUUGCCGGAAUCGGACGACGAUGAUAAUAAGCUCACUGCGGAAGAGGAAGACGAUACUCCCCAUCAAUUCGGUCGUCAUCCGGUGACGGAAAUCGUGCCUAACUACUACGAGGAAGAGGAAGAACCGCCGGCGCUGCUCUUCACGGAGUUCAACAAGGACGGAUCGUCGGACAGCGACUCCAGUGCAGUGCUGAACGAAGAGAACAACUACUACAGCCCGAUGAACCCGCCGGCGAUCACCUCGUCUUCCUCCUCCUCCAUCGGCGUCCUCCAGAACCACACGCUGGUAAUUCCUUCCCCGCCGCCACCGCCCAACAACUUUUUCCCGCAAUUCUCGGCGAAGUCUUACCAAACGCACCAGCAGCAGCAGCUGGUGAAGCUGGAGGAGUACAACUUCUUCAGCAGCGAGGAGGAGGCCGCCUGCAACUUCUUCUCCGACGAGCAAGCGCCCAGCCUCCACGACCACUGGUACUGCCCCGCCGCCGCCCCCGAUCCGUGGAACUGAUCAAACCGUACACAAGAGAGGGAGAAUUCGGAGUAAUCUGUAAAGAAUGAAUGAUAUUUAUCAUCAUUGUCGUGAUCAACGACAUGAUCAUCCAGAAGAAGAAGCUACUGGUUUGGGAAAUUGUGGGGGAACCAUGAAUCAUGAGAGAGGGUUAACCGUUCACGUGGGAGGGUGGUGGAAAUGACGAAAAUGGAUUUUGCGGGGAAGAAGGAAGCACGAAAGGAAAGAUUGAAUUUGUAUGAUAAUUCUGCGUGCGGGAAUGAUUGGGUGGUAAUUUGGGAGGCUGUUUCUCUGUAAAAAAAAAAAAAAAAAUCAAUGGGGAGCUGGAAAGGUAAGAGGGGGAAUCUACUGUAAGGGAGAAGGGGACAAGGAGAGGAGGAAGAAAGAUGGGGAAAAUUCCCUGUAAUGGAGAAGAAAUAAUCAUUACUACCCGAACUUUUCCUGUUUUGCUUUUCCUCCUCCCAACUUUUUGUUUUUCUUUGUCUAUCGGUUUUCCUUCUAUGUGCGCCUUUCUCUUCUUCCCAACGGGAGUAAAAAUCACCUCCAUCUUUCUCCAUUUAUGCCACUCCAUACCUCCAUUGAGCAACGACAAGAUUUUCCAAUACUGUCGUGACUCGUGAGAAGGUUACUGGUUAUUUUCUUAGCCUAUUCCCACUUAAACCAAAUAUCGAAACAUUUUGUUGAUGAAUUCGACUAUGCGCCAAUGUAGAAUCACAUUUAUUAUUCGUGUGUUAACGAUUGUUGAAUCAAACACGAUAAUAAUUUCGUCAAUAAUGCACACGUGUCAAUCCAAUCUGUAGUUCUAUACUCGUAGUGAUUCAGCUGCAUCAAACAUUAGGCACCAGCAGUCGUGCAACAUUAGGUAGGGUAGCAUUAGUGCAGUUGAUAAAAUGCACAGCAUGAAGGAAAGUCGAAAGGAAUUAACCAAACUUAUGAGUAUGACAAACAUGACCCUUGCCCCUUGCAGAGCUUGAAGAAGAUGGCAUAUUCACGUGCAAUCCAUAAGUCAGCCACGUGGCAAAUGCAACAGAAGUUCCACAAGCGAAGAAGACAAGUUCAUAGAGCGUAGCAACAAGGUGAUCUUGCAAUUCAACAUAAAUCACACGGUCAUAUUAUAUAGUAUCUAGAACAAUGGCUAGCAACUUGUACUGAUCAAUGCCCAAACUCUUGCCGUAGGAAUAUAUUUAUUGGAACUCUUUUUUAACAUGUAUGACUACUACAUGAAAUGCACAUCACAAUACACUUAAAAAGAUUAC